GACAAAAUGGCGGGAAAUUUUUCUGUUAUCCUCUUGUCAAUUUCGGAGUCAUGUUUUGGUUGAGUUUUGGCUAAAUUAUCCUUGGAAUCAUGCCUUCUCAAGCAAGUAGCAGUGAUUCAAACGAUCUUGCUUCGAAAUAUAGUCAUUUGUUGCAGCCGAUCCGCGAUCUGACCAAGAACUGGGAUAUCGAUGUCGCCGCGCAGUUGGAAGAGUACUUGGCCGAGGUUAGGAUUAAUUGGUGUAUUAAAGCUUAAAGAAAACCGAUUUAAAGUCAAAAUUUGAAAACCCAUGUAUCUCCGAUGUCCAUUGCUUAGCAAGUAGCCAAAUAAUAAUUUGCUAUAAAUCUGACCGAAGGGUUUUUCUAUUAUGUAGAUCAAUUUGAGUCGAGGUCAUUCACUGUUCAAUUCACAAGUUUUUUAUAGUAGUUGUAGAUCGAAUCAGAAGCAUAUAAAUCUGAUCUUGUAAAUUUAUAAUAUAGUAAGCAAGGAAUUGUUUUGUAGACAACUCAUUCGAAUGUUUAUAAUUUAGGAUUCAUCCACGUUGACAAACUCGUAAGUUGUAAGUAGCCACCUUCUACAUACAGCAAAAUAAGCAGUCCCACUGGAAAUUUGUACUGCUCAGUAGCAGCCUUCAUUUGAAUGACAAAACGUAGCAGAUUUCAUCAAUAGACUUAAAAGUUAAAACUACCUUGUUCAGCAUAGUAAACAGUACUGCAGAAAAGUACUGUUCUGUUCCUUUCAUUUGAAUUGUCAGACUUAAGGUGAUGUUAGACGGUGAAAUUGCACAAAAAUUUUGAUCACUUCAACACAACAACUGUUUUUAGUGCAACACAACAUUGCAGUGCUAGAACAAUGUUUUGACCAUUUGAAAUAAUGUCACAACAAUGUUGUAACGCUGUUUUGUGCUAAAAAUCAUCGUUGCGAAUCAUCUCCUGUAUUAUCACCUUUAAGGAUUUCAUCCACAGACUCAAUACUUAGGAUCACCUUGUAAACCAUCACAAAAAGUAACACUGUUCAAUAAUGGAAACUAGUUGUUUUGAUUCAUUGUCGUUUCAAUGCUAUUCAUUUCAAUACAAAAUCAAGCGGUGAAAUUGCACAAAAAUUUUGAUCACUUCAAGUAUAGUUUGCUCAUGAACAUGAAAUCAUUUUUGUUGAACUGAAUAUUCUUUGUUCUUUAAAUUAAGUGCGUGAAACUAUUAAUUACAACUGAUUGAAUAAAAUUGUAUUGAAACAAAUUUGUAUCGAAACAACCAGAAACCACAGUAACAAAUUCAAGGAUUUCAUCUGCAGCUGUGAUCAUAUAAGCUAUUAUUCAUGUUGAUGUUGCAUUUGGAAUAGAUUGAGAGGGACCUUGUUGUAAUGACAAGAUCCCACUGCCUCCAAUUAAAUAUUCAAAUGUGAUGUGUCUGAUGUUGUUUCAGAUUGAAAGGAUCAAAAUAUCCUUUGAUGGAGGCAAGACUAGCAUGAAUUUUGCAGAAGCAGCUCUCCUUAUCCAAGGUUCUGCUUGUAUCUACAGCAAGAAGGUAUAAUACAGAUCGGAAUCUGUAUCCUAACAUCUUAGUCAGAAAAUUAUGAAACAAUUAACAUACAUGCAUUUUUGAAUUCAUCAUUCUGAUUAUUAUUGUCAGAAUUAUACAGGUUUUUGUCCAACUUUCAUAAAUACGUGUAUUAUGAACAUGGUUCACUUGUGGAUGUGUGAGCUCAGUACUGAAAUAUUUUGCUGUUGGGUGACAUGACAAUGUAUCUUUCUUGGAACCUUGUAUAAAUUACUACAUGUAGGAUCAUGUAUCUUUUGGGGGACUGUUGAUUGAUAUAUUGGCUGCUAUGUUGGCCAACACUUGGUCGACUCUCGACCAAGAUGCCAGUCGAGUAUUUGCUGAGUAUCGACUGACAUUUUGGUCAAGUGGUGUUUUCUUGUCGGUCAACAGAUCGACCGACAGUCGGUCAAGAUAGCAUCAGUAGUUUCUCGGCAAUGUAUCGGUGAAUCGUCGGUCGAGUAUCGGUGAGGUAUCAGUGGUGUAUCAGUCGACAAUUUGCAUCGCCUACAAUCGGUCGAUAUAUCGGCCAAGUGAUAUUUACUUUCGGUCGAGUAUCGGCCAUCAAAUCGGUCGACAGUCAGCCGCGAUAGCAUUGGUAGUGUGUCGCAAGUGUAUCGGUGAACUGUCGGUCGUCGAUAAGUAAGGUAUCGGUGGUGUAUCUGUCGACAAUUGCUAUUGCUUUCACCGUAUGCUUUGCCCUUUGUUACAAGAUUCCUGACUUCAGCUGACACCCAAUAGACACUAAUGCUUAUUACGCAUAUUGGUUUCAGCUGAUAAUGGGUUGAUCGCCAGCAAUUUGUUGGCAAAGUACUGGCCGACUAUCGACUGAUAGACUGUAGCAGUCAAGUACCGGCCACAUAUCGGAUGAGAUGCGGCCAACUCUCAACUGACAGUUGCGACCAAGGUAUCGGCUGUUAUGUCGGCCAAGUGUCGGUGAUAUGUCGACGAUCCAUUGUCAAAGUAUCAGCCGACUAUCCACCGAUAGACUGCAGCAACCGAGUAUCACCAGCAUAUCGGUCGAGAGUCGACCGACUGUCGACCAAAAUGUCAGUCAAGAGUCGACUGAGUAAAUCGGCCAAUAUAUUGAUUGACAUUCAACCGAGAUGUUGGCCAAUACAUCAAUCAACAGUCCCCCAAAAGAUACAUGGUCCAAUUAAUAAUCUUAAGCAAGCCAAGUGAGCAAGGUACAGACUGUAUAAUAUUAUAUUCAUGUCAAAUUAGGGAUGGUAGUUGUGGUUCAGACAUCUUUUUCAAGUCUAGUUCCCUUUCUAGGUGGAGUAUUUAUACACAUUGGUUUAUCAGACGUUGGAUCUCAUUGCAAGUAAAAAGUGAGUUAAACACUUCCACUGCUGGGAAUCUGUUAGACCUUACAUGUCUCUACUUUAUCUUUGUCAUGAUAAAUAACAUUAAGAUGGAAUCCAUCAGGAAAUUGAGUAAUUUUAAUUUUCAGUGGACAAAAACCUUGCACCAGAAUAAUUUACACCAUAUUGCAUUCUUUUUUACAUUUUUCAAGGGCUAUAGAUAUAAUCAGGGUUGUCAGAAAGUUUUGAAGUAGAUGGCUGAGUUGUCAAAGUAAGCAGCCAGUCCAGGGAUAUUUUUUUAAAAAACACCAUCCAUAAAGAAAUGCGAAGCAGAGUAGCCGGCCGAUUCUAACCAAGUAGGCGGCGAUUUUUGCCGGCAGCUGGCUAUUUUUGACAACCCUGUAUAAUUACAUGUAGUUAUCUGUAAUAACACCAAAGACAAUUUCUAAUGGGAGCCAGCCAAGAUAAUUCACAGGAAUUGUGAAAAAGCAGGUAAAAAUUCAUUUGCAGAUUUCAUUUUAGUCCAUUUUGUGAAUUGAAAUUCAUUUUCUCAGGCUCCCAUGAGAAAUUUGAAGUUUGAAGCUUAGAUUUUAAUUGCUUUUUAGUCUCCUAAAACAGGUCAACCUGUUUUACUGAUUGCCUGUUAUGGUAUUGUGCUUUGCCAGGCGACUUCAGCAAGCAUCGUCAGUGGAUGAUCAGGGCAAAGACAAAGAUGCCUCAUUCAGAGAUGACAGUGUAGAGGUGUUGACCGCUUUUCAUUGCAACUCCAUUCAAUUACUUGGUUUGCUUUGAUUUUGAUAAAAAGCUGGCCCCUAACAUGUUGCAGUUGAAUCACCUCAAAAUUACCAGUGGGGCUUAUACACUGUAAAUUCAACUGACCAACAAAAAUUACAUUAAUGUAUAUGUAUGGUACACAUACAUGAAGCCUGCCUGUUUUAGAAUAAUAUAUAGUGCUUAGAAUAAUGUCAUUUCCACUAGUUGCACUCAGGCAGUGCAGUCAAACCUUCCAUAUGCAGACACCCCUAAGACUUGAGGAAAUGUAUGCUUAGGGGAGGUAUCCUUUGUCACCCUUGGAACCAAAAAGGUUUCCGCUUUAAUAGGUAUGUAUUUAAGGGAGAUUUUAAAUGUGGUGUUUGUAUUUAGUGGGGACCAUAACUAAGUGUCCCUUCAAGAUGUGUACCAUUCAGCAGAUGUUCAACAGUGUGCAAAGAAAGUAGUGUACAAUAGCCCAGGGUUAGUGGAUUUUGCUGUUGGGCUAUAGUACAUGUAAAUUCUGUUCAUAACUUUUGCAAUGGGCCAUUGAAGUUUUCAGGUGCAUCCUGCUGGUCAAUAGUUUUGGGAGGCCUACAUGUGUAGUUGAAAUGACUUUUGGGGUACAGCUGUAGUACAUGUUAGCUACAACUUGCCUGACUGACAUUCUUUGCACCCUGGUUCAACAAUGUCAAAGUGGUGGAAUAUUUUCCUCAUGUUUUUACCCAGUAACUUAUGAAGCCAGUGUGUUGUAAUAUUAUUCUAUUUCUUUCAGUUCUUGAGUUUAGAUGACAUUAAAGAGGCAAAAAAUAUUGACUUGAAGGAGGAUGAAGAUGGUUCUAAGAAUGAGGUAGGUUAAACUUUUAAUCUGAGACCAUUUCUUUGGGUGUUUCAUGGUUUUAUAGAAACUAUUGUUGGUUUACUUUUGUGUUGUGGUGUAUAAUGGUACUGGUUUAAAGUAAAUUCAUGUACAAAUUUUUUAACCUGGGUUGAUUCUAAAUUGCCUCAUCUCCCAGCCCUAAUUAUUCAUGAAUUAGGGUUAGGAGAUAAGGAAAUUGAGAAUCAACUUAGGUUAAAAAAAUCUAAAGUAACCUGAAUUUAAUUUUGACCUUUAACAUAUACAUCUAAAUCAACAAAACUCAGAAACCCAGGUAUUGUUUAGGGUACAUGACAGCCUCUAUUAAUCAAAACAAAAUACAAUACGUGGUAAAUAACUGUGUUGCUACUGUGAUGCCAAGUGAAAAUGUGGCUAAACUAGAAUUUUAUCCGACUGUUAACCUACGUGUAAAGUCGUGGUAUUCCUGUCUAUGGUAAAAUUACUAUAUCCUAGGUACAAAACACAUGAUAAAUAUUACGAAAUCUCUUGUGUUUAAAAAAUUACUGUACUGCCGUACUAGUCCUGCAUCCCAACAUGACGCCUUGUUUUGAGUUUUAGAACUGCAUCAGUCGUCUCAACUGAUGCACCCAGUAUUCAAGUGUCUUUUCAACCUUUUGUAUUAUGUCAUUUGGUGAUCACACCCAUCCAGACACUAGGAAACUACCUUUUCUCAGUCUUUGUUGAAAAUUACUCGUACCAUCUUUCUCAUUAAAGAUCUUGAAUAAUAUUGUUUCUUCUCAUUUUUUGACAGGGUUCACAAAUUGUCCCUAGAACUCCACUUGCUUUGCUUCCCUUAGGAGAAAAGGACAAACAAGAUGUACUUUUAAGGUUUGUUUUAAGUCACCUUGGUGACUUUCUAUCAUUUCAGUAAACAUACAUUUACAACUUUGUAAUAGUAAAUUAUCAGACAGAAUAUUUUUUGAAUAUAUUGGUUUGGUUACUUACUCCACACUUUGUCAUAAACAAGUUUGCUGUAUUGUUUAAUUUAAUCUUUGGUUAUUUUUUUUUUUCAAAUCAGAAAUAUUAUUGUCUUUCAAACUAUUUACAUGUAGUUUGGUUUUUUCUGUUGUUUUGGUUUUCUUAUCCAAAAUAUGCAGUUGACUCAACCCAAUAACAUGUACAGGUAUAUGUUGUAGUUAGUUUUUAUCUCAAGUUAUUUUUGUUUUUCUUUUGUUUUGGGGUAUGGUAAUGACUAUGCUAAUGAAGUUCAAACAAAAGAAAAAUUAAAAUUACCUGAGAUAAAAAAUUAACUACAACAUGUACGUGCCAAGAAAGUUUUUUUUUUAACUUAGUUCUUUGUUGUUUCAUUUUCAGUCGCACUGGUGAGGUUCUUGGAAGUCGAAAUGAUUUCAAGGUACAGCAUGUAGUUAACACAAUUAAUUCCCCUUUUCCCUUGAAAAAUGACGAAAUGCUUGUGAUUUAGCCUUGUUGUGAAUGUGAUUGUGGCAUUAAAAUAAAUGUUCUUGUGUACUCUACUAACCAAAAAGAUAAUGCUAGAGUAAAAGUUUGCAUUGGGGUUUAUUGCAGUAAAAUCAGCACUCACUCCACGUGUAUGGUAGCCUGCACUACAGACAAAACUGAAAUCUGGUUAAGUCCAUCUGCGAAACAGUGCUGAAAUCCUUGUUCUGGGGUUUAUUGCUGUAAAAUCAGCACUCACUCCACGUGUAUGGUAGCCUGCACUACAGACAAAACUGAAAUCUGGUUAAGUCCAUCUGCGAAACAGUGCUGAAAUCCUUGUUCUGGGUCCCCACCUGUGCACCUGACAAUUUGAGUACACACCAUGAUUGGCUUGUUAAAAAAGCCAUUGUCGAUUUGCCAAUCAGGUUGAAAGGAAAUUUGAACGCACUUCUAGUCUGUAGGAGGCCCAGAACAAGGAUAUUGGUGCUGCUUUGCAGACAUUACCAACCAAGGUUAAAUUAUUUCUGCAACACAGGCUUCUUCUAUGGCCUUAGACUCAAAUGCAUAGCCAAUCACGUGGGCAAAUGGGUGGUGGAACCCAUAGUUUAAAGCUAAAAAAAGCGUGGAAAUUGCUUACAUGUAGUCAUCUCACCCAAAUGGCAGGAUGAUCCUUGUCUUGGUUUAUGAUUUACCUAGAGGGCAGGCCUGCCUGGACCACUGUUUAUUGGACAAGUACAUUGUGAAGAGUUACUUAUGUGUAGGAAAAUCUGGGGACUUUUUUCAAGCCCUACUCUUGCACCUUUAACAUGGAACUUACAGUGGGCACAGUGAAGACUUUCUGGUAAUUGUUUCAAUUCUUGUUAACAGAUGAACACCUGUACAGUCCACGCUUCUGGGACUCUACUGCUGGAUAUGACACACUUGGCUUUAUUGGACAGUUCCUUCAAGCGACUGAUGACUUCUACGCCAUCAGAUGUGCAUGGUUAGUUUUCCCAGAAAUGUGUUCUCAGGAAAUAUCCUUAUGUUGUAAGAUCAUCAAAAAACCUCAGAAGAAGAAAAAUGUAAUUUAAAGUAUAAACUACAUACAAUUGCCAGAUUCCCCACCAACUAAUUGCCUAAACCUGGUUACUUGAAAAUUAAUUACAACCCUGUGUUACUCAACCAAUAUUAUUAUAUAUUUUAAUUAUUACACUUUGUUCAAUCUGUAUUCUUUUCAGAACCUGGGACUGCAAGUGGAAAACAAGCUGCCAAUCAAGUUGUGCCGAGUGAUGAUGCAAAUUUUGAGGCUGUGGAUCUGCCUGGUCUGGAAUUUUCCCUUCUUUUUAGUCACUCCAUUAUACUUUAUAUCACCAACAGUUAUAUUUGCAGCUCUGGCAAAUACCUGUGAUAAGAAUUUACAAGAAUUAGGGCUGCAAAAAAAAAAAUUGGGGAGACCAUGCAGAAAUCAAUAGACAGUUAAAUGUUUAUGGCAAAUGGGAGGUUCAAGUUGAAUUUUUCUUUAGUUGGGGGAUGAGCAGGUAAAAACGGUACCAAAUAAUUCUUAUGGAUAAGCUUGACAUAUAUAAAACUACAAAAAUAUUUUUGUAUAAAUACUGUAAAAUGAUUAUAGUACACAACACUUGGUCCCCUGAUUGAUGUUUGCCAUCUGCAGUAAAUCUGAUUCUAAAUCUCUCUGAUGUCAGAUGAAAUCCCGACAAUUAUGACAUGAUGACUCAACAGAACAAAAUAAUACAAAAGACUUUUGAAGUUACAGAUUUGAAUAGUACUUAAAGAAACUACAUGUAAAAGUUGGCAAUUACACAGUGAUUUAUGCCAAACAAUAAUAAAUUAUUUACUUUUCUUGUUUGUCCAACUAAAGAUUAACGGUCUCUUGCCUUAACAUUAACAUCCUUUCUUAAGAAAAGAAUAAAUUAUUUUGCGGGCAUGUGGAUGGUCAUGGAGACAUGUGGUUUAAACUUUUGAUUCUGUGGGAUGUGAAUUUUAUUAUUUUGUCAAAUACAAUGUAUCCAUUAAAAUGAAUACCCCUUGGCAAUACUUUUUGUAUGGAAAUUUUGUCCUUUCAUAUGGUCCUUUUUGAGUAAACAAAUUUUACACAAAAUUACAUAAAAAAACAAGUGUGAUAAGCAGUUUCUUCUUAACCUUUUCAUUAUAAAUUAUUAUGUUGAAUGUUACGAUAAAACUCAUGACAAAUUGUGCAAGUCAUGUACUUUUUACUUUACAACACUCAAGUCAAUGUGUAAUUUUUAUCAGCAGGCAUUAAUUUUGGUCUUAUUGCUCAUUAGAAGUUGAUGAUGACUUUGAAGCACCUCAGCUUAUGGACGAGGAUGUGUUUUAUGAUGAUAAUGGAGCUUCUGAUAAUUAUUGCAGUGGAAAUGGUGGUGAAAAUGAGGUAAAGUUGGGAGUUUCCCCAAGCUUCUGUUUCAAAGAAGAGUAUAAGUUUGUAAGCAUUUUCUGUCUGGAAUAAUGUUUUUUUUUUAUUUGUUGAAUAUUUCCCAUGUCUCAUGACAAGAUCAACAUUCUAUCCAUCUGAAGCAGAUGGAUAGUAGAACAUGUUGGUUGAUUCAAACUCAUUCAUACAAACUUAGCUGAGACAGAUGUCAAACUAUUCAUGAACUUAAUGUGCCCAGUUUAGUUUGUCUCAUGAAAAGGUUGGGGUUUGGCCAUGUCCUACUAGAUUUAGUAGUGUUAAAACGUACUGCACAUGUAAGUUGAGUCUUUUCCUUGAUACUAAUAAAGGAUAUUCAAGAAGAAAGGAGAGCAUUGAGAGCAAGAGCAGAACCACAACCCAAGCAAGUACAAAACUUACCUGUAAGUACUUCAUUCAUAACUCCAACUUGAGAUCAUAAAUAAUGUUUCAUACUCCUUUAACUCCUUAGCCCAUAAUUGUUCUUAAUGUAGUCUGUCAAUAAUUUUUUUGGCAUUUUGCAUGAAGCAAAUAAGCCAUAGUGAACUCACUCAUAUUUAAAGAUGCUUGAUGCAAAACAGGAAGAACGUGUUUGAACCUCAGUGGGCAUUGAUAGGGUCAAUAUUCCUAGAGGCAUCUACAAAACCUGAAUCAGACAAGAUUAGAUCAAGUUUUGACCUUCACUAUAGGGAAGGAAUCAAUUAGGGAUAGGGUCACAGGGUGAUAAUUUGGUCUGAUCCAGGUUUUGUUAAAGGCUAUUGUGGAGACAUGAUUCAUGAAAAUGGAUAUUUUAAGAUUAUUGUAUGACCUCUUAAAUGACGCUUUCUCUGUCAGCAGCCCAUUCACAUGACAUUAUAUUCUCAGUAUUUUAUGAUAAAGUAUAAUAUAUACUUUUACUAAAUUGACUUUUAGACAGUCGAGCAAUGCAUGUAAUUGUACAUACUUACAGUUUCCAUAGAAAAUGAAAGUAUUUUACACAUAUUAAUUUUGGUUCUUUAAUUGAAUUGAUAAAGUGAAUUUGCCACUGUGAACAAUGCAAAAUUAAAAAUCAUUUGAUUGACUCUUGACAAGACAGCUGCAGUGAAAAUUUCAAAUGUUUGCACCAUUUGCACUUCUGAAGAGCCACAUGUACAGUACCUUGAGAGUACACAGUACACAUGCGAUUACUGUAGAAACAGUAUUAUCUCUUGACUAAGCCAUACAAGAAUUUCAGUUGCUAACUAUGAACACUUGCUCUGUUGUAACUCUCUUCUCUAUUUUUGUUCUAAGUUUAAAGAUCACUGGAAAAUGAUGGAUCCACAUGACCCAGGAAUAUCAAAAAAUAAGCCUUUUAAGAAAGGUGAGCAAAACUUUUACUUGGCCGUUGUCCUGUGUAGAGCUACAUCACUUUCACUGUUAAUGUACUAACAGCUAUUUAAUCCUGCUGUGUUUUCACCUACAGUCUCAGUCGAAAUUGUUGGGACACUUUGCUGUCUUCUUGCCCUCCCAAUGUUGGUGUGCAAGAUUUGGUGAGUUACCUGUGAUAAACAACAUUGGGAGGACAAGGAGAUGAGCCAAAGUGAAAAAAAAAACAGUGAGUUGGGUGGAAGUGUCCCAGCUAUUUUUGUCUGAGAUUGUAGUUAUUGGCUGCCUUAGUUGAUAAAGCCUGACUAUCAACAUAACUCAUACCCACCCUUUUUCAUAAUAAUAUUAUUUUAUACUCUGUACGUCUAUUUUGUUAUCCUUACGUGGGCAGGGGCAUAACUUUUUCUAAGCCGUAUGUAAACUACAGCUUAGAAAAACUGCAAUAACACUGAAUCCAAAUUAUUUACCAAAAUUUUCAAAGACUGCGCACAAGUUGGUCUCUGCAAACUGUACAUGUACUGCCAGUGGUUAACAAAAUGGUGAAACUGCAUCAUGGCAAACCCUUGUACCCCAUCCUUGUUAAUUUUACCAGUAAAAUGUGACAGGACUCCAAAGGAUCUGCAAACAUGAGGUCAAUUUUAGUAACAUAAUAGGUGCAACAAGAUGCAAAUAAUUAUGUAAGUUGCUUAUCAGAAAUGUUGGACGUUGAAAUUUGCAGGCAAACCUUUCAAGAAACCUUCCUCUUUAGUAUCACAACAACACAAGAAGAAACGUAAACGACAAGGAGAUAGGAAGGAACCAACACUUAUUCCAAUAAAUCAGUUUAUAUCCCAAGCAUGUAUGUUGACUGGUUUUUUUUUAUUUAUUUUACUGUAGUACAGUUGUAAGAUUUGAAGUUAUCAUGAUGGCUUAACCGUGGCAGGACCAGCUCAGUCAGAGGAGCACCUGACUGCAGAGUUGCUGGUCGCGGGUUUGAUUCCCCGGGCCUGACCAGUACUCAGGGUGUUAAAAUAACUGAGAAAUGAAGGUACCAUUUUUGCACUGCAAGUGGCUAGACCUUCGCCUGGCUCAGAUGACCACAUAAAAUGCCGGCCGUGUCUCCAGUUGGAGACAUAAAAAUAGUGCAUCCAAUUAGUACUUUCGUGCUUAAUACAUUGACACUGACACUGAAAUAAAAUACUUUCUUUAAUCUAGGCAAGAGUUUCUUCGCCUUUAUGUACCAUCAUUUUUUUAUUGUUUAUUGCAGUUUAUUCACAUGCAUCCAAAAUGCUAAAAAAUCCACUCAAAACUCCAGCAUUCCCAGGUUUGUGGUAAAAUAUUAAUAAUUAUUUGCAUUUAACAUUAUGUUGGGUUUUGUGUGACCUGCUAGAACUAUGACAGCUGCCUUUCAGGUCAGUUCAGGGUUGUUAUUGAGUUUCUAAGUCCAUGUAGAGUCAGGUCGGAUGUAAAAGUAGGCAGCCUGGCAAUCCAGCGCUGAAGGUAAUUUUAGACUUUAACUCUCAACUUGCUCUCUUUUCCCAUUGGCAAGUGCAUUAGAUUCUGGGAAGUGUUUUCUCCCCAACCAUUUCUUAGCCCGUUGCUGGCUUUUAAUGAGAACCCUUAACUUUUAUUACUGAUCUCAAUGACAUGAUGUCUUUCAGAGUUUGAAUACUUGUACUGGAUAGAGUUUAGAAGGCAGCAAAAAGUACAAGCAAAACAGAAACAGCUUCUUGUAAGUUAGCUACAGUUUUCAAUUUCCAGGUCAUUGUCAGAGUUAUAAAGCUUGGUAGGCGUGUUUGUGUGAACAAAUUGUACCAAAAGUUCUGAGACAAAAUGUUUGUAUCAUUUGUGGAAUUUUUCCAUAAAAGCUUUCACAUUUUGGAUUGUUUAAACACUUUCAUUGUCAGGUGGCAGCUUUCAAUUUGACUUGUAUGAUGACUUCAGCUUGAAUUAUCAAUCACUAUGAAGUCCUCGCGUGAGGAAAUGGCCAACUUUUUGUGAAGCCACCACUAGUCUCCCCACAAAAUAACAUCUGAGAUUGCAUACUGAUGAUGUGUUACUACCAAGAUCUGGGUAGUGCUUCCCAUUGUUCCUGUCACAAGAGAAAUUUGCGUCCAGUGAAUUAGCUCUACCCAAAUUUAGGUAGUGACACAUCAUCAGUAUAGAAUUUCUGUGGAAAAUCCUCAGACAUCAGUUUCCAGGGAAAUAAUUGGUGGCAUCGCAAAAUGUCAGUUUUCGUCUCAGGCUAAUGUAGUCCCAUGUAUAGUCCUAUCUAUUCUACCGGCUCUUCAUACAAAUGAAGGGGGGGUGUAAAACCAUUCGACUAUAGAGAGUAGGAACUAGUAAUAACCAAAGGUUAUGGAGUGCAGGCGACAACAAUCAAAGGUCAAAACACUCUUGCUCCAGCACUAUGCUUUGCUUGAGUUUGACGUGACAGAUAGUCAAAACACACAUGAUCAGAUUGUGAGUGAGAGAAAGUUCAAAUGCAUGUGAUCAAAUUGCAUUAUCUUCAUUCCAUACAUUCUUAGUGGUAGUCCAAAUGACUGCUGCCUACAUACAUGCGAUGCAUUCUAAUGACAGCCUGGAGAUUAGGAUUGCGGGCUCCUCUUGUCGCCCGUGAUAAUUUUAUUGAAUUUUGGCUGAAUUAUUUUUCUCCUUUGUCCCUGUGCUGUUUUAGUCCCUGCUUGCCACUGAUGAUGAAAUUGAAGAACUGAAAUCCAUUGUAGCUAAGUCAGAAGAGAAUGAAAACGUUGAAAAUGAGGAGCAAGCCUUUGGUAUGUUAAUAUUACUGGCUACAACUAAAAUGAUCCGUAAAGUUCUUAAAAAAUUUUUUUUUUUGCUGCUAAUGAUUUUAUAAGAUAACGAUGGUCAGGAUGGAAAGAAGAUAAAUUUUUCAGAUUGCCCUUGUUGCAAGUUGUUACCACCAUAGACCAACAACAAUUUUCUCCUAACAAGUAUCUAUACAUUGUCCAAAGAUAAGUUAAUGAGAAUUAAUAAAAUGAUCAAAGAGAAAAUGCCAUGAUCUUUUAUCCAAUUCUCUCAACUAAUUCUUAAAGGAGAUGUAUAUAGAUCAGUUUGGAGAAUUUGUAUGUGGAUGUUGGGGCUUAAAGGGUUAACUAAGGAAAUUGAAGGUAGAUUCCAGUAGACCAACCACAAAAACUACAGGCUUCGUAGUGGUCAUGGAAAACAUAGCAAGUCAUGAAAUUUUAGAAUUUCUUUUACCUGGCCUGGAAAGUCAUGGGAAAUUUAAGUUGUUAUUGGUAGAUUAGUUCCCACAGAUGUCAAAGCAAGAACAAUGUAAGAUAAGUCUGGUGUACAUUUGUAUUUAAAUUCCUACCCUGCUUGCCACUAGAAAUCCAGUGGCUCAGUGGUUAGAGCAUCCAAACUAUAACUCGGAAGGUCAUAAGUUAGAUUCUCAGCUGAAGCUCGGAAAAUUUUUCUGGGCUUUCUGGUGUUUGAAUUCUUCUCCUUCUUUAAUAGAGACAAGCAAUUAAACAGCGCAAACGACACCCAUUUUGGUGGAAACCAUACCUUUUGUCUGUUGAACUGACAUGUAGGUCAAAAAAUACCUUAAAACAAGAGAAUUUAAUAAUUUUUUUGUAAAUGACAGCUAAACUUAAGGUCAUGGAAAACUGGAAAAGGACAAUGAAAAAAGCCAUGGAAUUUAAAGAGCUUAAAAGAGUCUGAGCCCUGGGCUACCAGCCAAAUGGUAUGACUUUCUUUGUAUGCUGGAUGAUGUUUGUCUAUUGCUUCUAAGGUGGUGAUAAUGAUGAUGACGAUGAUGACAAUGAUUUUGAUGGUGGAGCUGGGGAUGAUAAUUUCCUUGGAGAUGCUGAUGUUCCAGACCCAGUGGAACCUAUGGGUAUGCUUGACAAGAUAAUUAACAAUUUUUUGCCGAAGCCGAAGGUUGAGGCAAAUAAUUGAUCUGUGAGACACUGACAAAUCACGAUAUUUUGCAAUAACUGAGUUCAAUAAUUAUUUUAUCAUUCAAUCACUGAGUUUGUUUUUUUUAAUGAAUAUCCUUGGGAAGCGAAGUGAUCUGCCAUUUUCAUGCAAGAGCGAUCGCAAGAAGGAGAAAGGCACAGUUUCCUUUAUGCAUGAGAAGAAUAUCAUUUGCAGCCAAACACUGUUGGAAGCAUUGCACAUGAGCAGACCAUUAUUUGUAGGCAGCUAUUUGCAGGUCACGUGGUGGGCUCUCGGCCAAUGAAAAGAAAGAAAAAUUUCCUUCGAAUGAUAAUAAGAAUUAUUCUUAGCAGCUGGAUAUUAAUAUAAUGCAGUUGUCUCUUCAUUUUUUUUUUCGUUUUUAAAAAUUGUUCAAAGCUCCAAUUUCAAUUCACAGCUUUAGAGGAACCUUCAGAUGGCAUUGUUGUUUCAAGCUAUGAAGAACUGGUACGAAAGUAUGUGGUAAGUCAUCUUUACUGCAGGAACUGUUCAUCUAACUGUAUCAGCUCAAAUUAAAACCAUUGCAUGGGUUUACAUGACCUAUUAGGUGUUAACCAUUUUCCCUUCACUAAUGUGGAGUUUGGACACAGUGUGAGCCAGUGAGCCAUGCAAGUCUUGUGAAAAAAUACAAAAAAUCGAAAAAGUAAUAAUACGAAAACGCUAACUGAAAGCUGACCAUUGUAAAUGUAACCCUAAUUGUAAGUGUAACCCUAAUCAAUGCUUAACCCUAAUCAGUAAAAUUCAUGUUCUUAACUCUACUCGUAAAAUGAGUGCUUAACCCUAAUCAACGAAAGUUGACCAAGCAGAGUGCAAAGAAAAUCAUUUUUACAGCUUGCCAUUCAGGCGUCAUUUCAACUAGCCCCAAAAACUUUUUGACCAGCAAAAUUGAUUUCACAGUUCUUGAUGUUAUUCGAAUCUGUCAAAAGCCAUCACUUGCCCGUUGGGCAAGUUAAAAACAGAAUUCACUAGCCCGAUAGCAAAAUCCACUAGCCCCAGGCUAUUGGACACUACUUUCUUUGCACGCUGCCAAGACUGUGUAAUUGUGUAGCAAUUCCUGCAGCAACACCUCACAUGCUGGCAAGUACAAAACACAGGUCACAAGUGCAGGUCACUGCUCUAUUGAUAAAUAACAUGUUCAAAAUUUACAUUACAUUGCAUUGUCCAAUAACUCCCCUACACAGGAUGGCUACCUAAUGGAGGCACAGCAAUAUGCUCAGGAGACAGAUUUGAGUAGAAGAGUUAGAGACUGGGAGGACAGAAUUCUUCCUGUUUUAUCUGAAGAGGUAAGUCAGUAUAAGCUGCAAAUUGAAUCAAGAGAUAUUCAAGUUAGUUAAGAUGCUUUAUACAAUAGCUGAUACCAGGGUUCUCUGAAAAAAUUUUAAAUAACUGACGAAAAAAAAAAUACCAUAAAAGAAGACUACAAUCAAAGUGCCUUUCAUGUGGUGCAGGGUCAUGUGGAGGGUAGGUGUGGCAAGGAGAACAUGGACAGAUUUAGGGGUUGGCCGAGUGGACCACUGCCACCCCUUUUUCUGUGAAACUUUGUUUUAUUUUAAAAGAAUUUUCAGUAAAAUUAAUUGUACAAAAUUAAUAUCUCUUUGCUGGCAAGUGUCCUGACCACCCCGUUCUGAAUGUUCUGGAUCUUACCCCUUGGGGUAUGUGCCCUUGGGUAUCCCACGUGCUUCCAUGGAAGGGAUAUAAUUUUGGGGGACUGAAAAGUACAGUUGAGCAUAUUUUAGUGACCAGGGACCCACAUUUGUUGUAACAAAAUAAUAUGUCAUGUUUGUUUUUAAUAAAGAAAAGUGUUGGCAAAAAAGCUAUUCUGGACUUAUUAUCACACUUCAGAAACUAUUUUCCUUUAGUAGCUGGUGCUUCUGUGACAAGCUUUUAGAUCUAGCCCCGCUGAUAAAACCAUCAGGAUAGGCGUUUAGAACUUGGAAUUGCAUGAAAACAAUAUUAUCAUAAUUUUAUUAUGAUAGUGGUUAACUAUUGUGUUUUGGGUAUCGUUCCAUGUCUCUUCAAAUCUUUUGUAUCACAUCAUUAUUUUAGUGAUGACAUAAAGUUGCACACAUUCUGACAUUCUGAAUCUUGAGUGCAAAAAUAGUCGGUCAAGUGAUUUUUGCACUUCACGGGGUCCCUUUUGAGCUCAAAGAGAUUGAGUGGAAAAAUAAGCUCUUUGCAUGACUUGAUCAUGUGAUCAACUUUGGUAAACACGAAAACAGUUUACUUUUCAAAAAUUUUGUUAGCACAAGCUGAAAGAGCAUUUUAAAAAUUGGUAACCUGAGAAUUUUCAGCCAAAUAUCUCAAAAGUAGUGAUUGCAACGGCCGCCGAAAGUUGGAAGCAUUUGUUUGAGAAAAACAACUUUUGCCAUCCAGUCACGCUUGCAUGGUUUUCCAUACAAAUCCUUGUAAUUUGGAAAUUUUCAUAACCGUUAGGAAAUAUUUCCUUAAGCAUUACAGGGCUCAAAUUUCCUUUUAAUUCAUAACAGACAAUUCGAGCCAUUAAAUGCGUAAGACGACAGUUUAACAAUUUUAAACUUAACAAGGAUUUGUAUGGAAAAACAUUCAAGCAUGACUGGGUGGCAAUAGUUGUUUUUCUCAUACAAAUGCUUCUAACAGCAGGCGGCCGUUGCAAUAGCUACUUUUGAGAUAAAACGGCUGAAAAUUCUCACGUUUCCUAAUUUUAAUAAUUUUAUGCUCUUUCAGCUCGUGCUAACAAAAUUUUUUAAAAGCGAACUGUUUUUGUGUUUACAGGAAGUUGAUCAUGUGAUCAAGUCAUGCAAAGAGCCUAUUAUAUUGACUUUUUAAUGGUUUAUUUAUAGCAUGAAUGCCUCAGCAGCCAUUGAAAAGGAGUGUUUAAAAGUUUGCAGUUGUUUCUUUUUGUUUUAUUAGGAUUAUUUAACCUGUACUUAGAACUGAUGAUCUUUUUCAUUUUCAGGAAACUCACAGGCCAUUUGAUAUACAUAAAUAUGGUGCAGAAAUACUUGAAUCAUUUAGAGGUAUAGUAAUUAUAAGCAUUAAACAAAAAUCGUGAACAUAAUAUUAAGUAAUAAAACUGUAACUUGAAAAGAAGUUGUCAUCGGAGAAAUACCAACAGGGUUGUCAAACUCAAGUAACUCAAGAAAAAGUAAUCUUUUGGUCAGGAAAACCCAGGAAUAUGUUUAGAAAAGGUUUGGGAAAAUCUUGGACGUUGUCAAUGUCAUUAAAAGUCAAGGAUUUUUUUAUUGUUUCUGGUAAGUCAGGUAACCCUCAGCUUGUGCAAUGUGCUGAAUUAGUGGGGUUACAUUGGUCAUCAACACUGCAGUUUAAACUGAAAACUCUUACAAAUUUUCCUCUUAAAGAUUGACAAGGGACUAAAAAAAUUACUAAGAGUGUACUGUUAUAAAAUUAGCGUUCAAAGUAAUAAACAUUACUGUGGUGUGUUACAUGACCUUUUUUUCCCUUUUGUUAAAUUUCUUUUGUUCUUUUGUUUGGUGUUCUUUUUUAGGAAAAUCUAAUCAGCACUUCAAAGAUGUAGCUGAUGGAAAGGUAAUGUACACGUUACCGGAGGGCAAUUUUUAGUUUUCAAAAGUAUUUUAAAAAAUAAUAUUUUUAAAUAAGGUAAUAAAUAAACUUCUAUUCUCUAAAUUCACUGUUUCGUGCUCUAUUAAUUUUCAGGAAUCAUUUGAAAUUUGCCGAUUAUUUCUAGCCACCUUACAGCUGGUAAGUCUGGCUACUGUAGUAAUAAUGGCACAAGCUGGUGUGGUAGCAAUCCUCAUCAACUUUGCCAAAGCUAAUAAAUUUAGUUUAGUGCAAUGAUCACAGUCAAACCUUGGUUUUCGUACACCUGCUUAAUACAGACACCUCACUAUUAUGGACACUUUUCUUUGUCGCUGGGGAAAGCCUUUACAUUUUUUCUAACUUUAACCAGCUUAUUGCAAACAGUGGACACUUGUUGCUUGCCCAGUUAACAGAUUCUCAUCUGAAGUCAACCUUGGUAAUGCAGACACUUUAUUAUCAACUGUGAGCUGAAAUAAAACUUUUCUUUUUUAAAAUAAAAAAGAUUCAAUUGUGAUGAUGCCUUUGUAAAGGUUAGAAAUGUUUAAUUUGACGAUGCUAUUGUCCUGUUUUAUUAUUUUCAUUAGUAUUUUGUUCAUUUAGAAGGUGUAUUUUCAAUGUAAAAAGCAUGACCUCAUUAUAAGGCAUUAAAACAGACACUUUCCAUGGCCCCCUCGGUGUUCAUUUUUACGGCAUUAGACUGUAUUUUAACUUUAUGUGCUUUUAUUAAUUGCUAGUAUGGCAUUCUUUUUUUUUUGUCGUUACAGGCAAAUAAUUACAAUGUAGAGAUCACUGCUGAUGGAGUUGGAGAGAAAGCAGUUGACACUAUGAAGCUUAGACUUAUAAAAACAACACCAGGGCAUGAAGCUAUAGCUAAUUUUAGAGGACACAGCUCACCAUGAUAAUUUUAACAACAUCUAUAAAAUACCUAGUUGUUUUUACAUUGUUUAUAUUUUUGUCAGAAAUAUCUAUUUUCAAAAAAAUGAAAAGAAAAGAAAGAAAACAAGAUGAUCUGAAGGUGUACAGAACAGAUCAUUGUUUAUAAUUGGUUGAGUUAAAAAACCAAUCUAUGUCACUUUAGAAAGUUGUUCAUUUUCUUUUAUUUGUACAUGUCAAGUUUGAAACUCUGACAUAAUACCCGGUAUUUCAUGAUCAACCAUCAAAAUUGUUCUAAAUGGACAGAUAAACAGACUGAUAUACUCAAAAGGAUUAUUUUUUGUCCAAAAUAAACCUCAUCCAGUUUUCACACAAAGAUGGAUUAUCUGUCCAACUGCAAUGACACAGAAUAUCCAACAGAUGACCUGUCUGAGAAUGAUUAUGUCUGUAGUGUGCAUAUGACCAUUCUAAGAAUGAAUUUUUUCUUUUCAUAGAGUCUUAGUGUGGUUGGAGAAAAUAUCCUCACUCAUCCUGUGGAGGCUCAUUUGAAAAUCUGAGGGGAAAGGGUCUUAACACCAAACAUUUUUACAAGGUUGAUAACUAACCAAAACUGAAAUUUCCAGUGGGUGGGAAUAAUUAUGACCAAAAAGUAUCGGAUCAUUAUAAGUUCUAAGUCAAUAAUUUGCCUUAAGUGAGA